AUGGCAGGCAAUAGCUCGGACGAUACAGAAAUACUUGUCCAUAUUACAGCACCAAGUCGGUCAGCCGACGAUGCACUCUACCGUCAACUUGCCCAGGCCUAUCUCGCAUUUGAGCCUCAGAAACGGACAAAACUUCCUUCAGUGUCGCCACAAGAAAGGAAGGAGCCAUGCGAUGUGGCAGUACAGGAUGGAUGGGUGUCUUCCUCCAGCCAGAUCCGAAUAGGAGCCUCAUUUGGACAGUCUUUCGAAAUCACGUCGCAAGACAUGAGUUUCGAAGGAGCUGUGGAUAACCGUGCUUCGCCGCGUCUCCGUCACAUAACGGUGGCACAGGAUAUGAUCCCUUCCUCGAACGAUGCCGGUUCGGAAUCGUUUAACUCUUGGUGCGCACCUGCGAGUCAGAUCAGCGAUUCUUAUCCUAUGCCAGAUGCUGGUCUGUUGAGUGUCUCCCCGUCUCGGAUACUUGAACGGUAUAUUGGAAGGACGCAAUCAUCACAGACCUCUCUUCCAUAUUCAUCGCCAACCGCGUACAAACAAAGUGCCCCUAUUCCUCUUCCUAAAGAAAGUCUAGGUAUACCAUCCUCGAUACCUGUGCCCAGUCAGGAGGAGUCGCUUCGGCUUGAACCGCCAAGGUUCAUCGAAACCGAAGAUAUUAUCACAUCAACACAGGAGAAUGAAGAGGACGAUUUUCCCAUUCCGUCGGCCAACACCGAAAUAGUAGCUUUUGAGCAUCUGGUGCCGGACAUCACACAUAAUUCAGCAAACGCGGUUAAUGACCGCUCGCUUGUUCGCUCCCCUCGUGGAAGGUCAGAACCUCCUCCUGCGAAACGAUCCAAAAUUGGUAACACGCAACAUGCCGACCUGUUCAGAAGCUCUAGCGAUACUGGUCGAGCAUUGUCAAUUACGAACUCGCAGAUAGAUCAAGUCAACAGCAGCUUGGAAAUCCGGCCACCAUCCCCGUCUGUUGGUGUCAAAGACGUUCAGCCCGCAGAUCUGGUAUCCGAGAAGCUUGCAAAGCUUGCGCGCGACCUGGGGUCGAGAUACCGCCCUACAGUAGCACGGGAUAUCGAUCCCUUUGAAAGGGGAUACUGGUUGCUCGGCUGUAGAGAUUGGGACCCGGGUGCUCGAUUUGAUGCUUGGGUGUUUCUUAGCAACUAUCUGAAAAGCGGCUUAGCUGGCUGGGGAACUUGGUGUCGCAGAGACACAACCCAUGACUGGAUUCGGCUGUACUGUUGGGGCCAUGUUGCAAAACAUACAUAUUUGCUUCUAUACCUUGCCAGCGGGAGACGAAUCAAGAUAAGUGGUGCUAAAUGGUAUGGCGCAGAUGGGGAGGUAAUUCUGGAAGUUCUGCCUCAGGACAAGCAAGGAUGA